AUGGAGAAGGUUGAGGCAGAUCUAAGUAGAUCAAAAUCUGUCCGAGAGAAGCAAUCAAAAGAAUUCUCUUGGCAGUUGGAGGAACUCAAACAACGAUAUGAACAACAGAUAGUAGAAUUGAAGCUGGAGCAUGAGCAGGAGAAGACGCACCUAUUCCAGCAGCACAACACGGAAAAAGACAGCCUGGUCCAAGAGCACGAACGCGAGAUUGAUAACUUAGAGAAACAGCUGCGUGCCGCCAUAGUGGAGCAUGAAAACCAGUCUCAGGAAUGGAGGAGGCGAGACUCGCAGACAAUUGCAGAGUUGGAGAGCCAGGUUCACCAGCUACGUGAAGAACUUAUCCAGGUCAACUCUCAAAGAAAGCAACAGCUAGUUGAGUUGGGACUGCUACGUGAGGAGGAAAAGCAGAGAGCUUUGUGUGAUCACGAAGCUACCGUCAACAAGCUGAAAGCUGAAAUGGAAAGGAUAAAACUGGAGUUUCAGAAGACAAACGCUGCUGAAAUGGAACAUGCUGUGGAAAGGGUAGGCUGUUUGUCCUUUGUUUAUGUUUUCUAAACACAGUGAAUGUAAUAAAUUGGCCAAUUUAUGAAUAAAUAAAGCAAAUGGUGCAGAAAAUUAAUUUUGAAAUAAUAAACCCUUCCAACAGUAACAUGCAUUUAUAUGUU